CUGUUUGUGGAGAGUCGACUUUUUGGUUCCGCGGUGAAAUGGCCUAGUCCAGAGUUAACUGUAAAUGUCUAAUGGGCCGCCUCUGCUCGGAGCUGGUCAAAACCAUCGGAUAGCGCCGUCGGUACACAUCUUCCAUGGGAGUUUGUUUACGCAGACUGCAAGACUGACGAGGAGGACUAAUCAUGGCACACUGGCUGUGGCCUGAGCCACUGUCACCCCCACAGCUCAAGCGCUUGGAGGAGCACAAGUACAGCGCCUCUGGUCGCUCCCUGUUUGAGCCGCCCUGCCAGAUUUACUGGAACUGGUUGGUACAGCAAAUCCCGACAUGGAUAGCCCCGAAUACUUUAACUAUUGUUGGACUCUUGGUCAAUAUCGUUUCUACUAUGGUGCUGGUGUAUUUUUGUCCCACUGCAACAGAAGAGGCUCCUUCCUGGGCUUUUGUGCUGAGUGCCCUGGGCCUCUUCAUUUACCAGUCUCUGGACGCCAUCGAUGGAAAACAGGCCCGACGAACCAACAGCAGCUCUGCUCUGGGGGAGCUUUUUGACCAUGGAUGUGAUGCCGUCUCCACAGUUUUUGUUGCAGUUGGAACAUGCAUUUCAUGUGGGAUUGGAGGAUACUCAAACUGGAUGUUCUUCUGUGGUUUCAUUGGGAUGUUUAUGUUUUUCUGUGCACACUGGCAGACUUAUGUGUCCGGGACCCUUCGAUUUGGCCUGGUUGAUGUGACAGAGGUACAGAUCGCAAUUAUAAUCAUGUAUCUGAUGACUGCGUUUGGAGGUGUGAGCUUAUGGCAGACCACGUUACCAGUCAUAGGACUGAAGUUCUAUGCCUUCCCGAUCAUGGGAAUUAUUGGUGGAGCCCUCUACUCUUGUCACAAUUACUUUUAUGUCAUUCUGAAUGGUGGUGUUGGUAAAAAUGGCUCUACUGUCGCUGACACUAGUGUUCUGACUCCAGGUUUGCACAUUGGUCUCAUCCUCACUCUAGCGUUCAUAAUUUUUAAAAAGUCAUCCAGCCAGCUCUUUGAGCACCAUCCCUGCUUGUACCUUCUCACGUUUGGGAUGGUCAUCGCCAAAAUUUCAAACAAGCUUGUGAUUGCACACAUGACAAAAAGUGAGUUAUAUCUUCCAGACACUGCCUUUAUAGGACCGGGAAUACUUUUCCUAAACCAGUAUUUCAACAGUUUCAUUGAUGAAUACAUAGUACUCUGGAUAGCAAUGGUUUUGUCCCUCCUUGACCUGGUCCGUUAUUGCACAGGGGUAUGCCUCCAGAUUGCAGCACAUUUACGCAUUCGAGUCUUCAGCAUCACACCUCCGGGACAGUCUCAUCGCGACUGACAUCUUGCCCGGCGGGAGGAGGCGGGGGAAGAUGCUGAUCUAUCCCUGCUCCUGAAAGCAGAUGACAAUGAAGACCAAUUUUUAACCCCAACCAGCCUUGAUAAAGUGACCACUUCUAAUUAAAACUUCAACAGUACUUCAUUAACAAACAGAAAAAAAAAACCAUAAGAAAUAUGUUCCUUGAGAAUUGGCAGGAAAAAAAAAAAAUAUAUA